AUGGCAUCUGGAUUCUCGCCGGCACCGCGCAAAGAGGGCACUUGGACUAAAUUGGUUAUAUUUGCGGCCAUAUACUGUUUGAUUCUCGAGUCAAUUCUUCAGAUGGUUUUGGUGCUUUACCUCUACGGCAAUGCAACGGUCGAUUCAAAGAUGACUACCAGUCUGAUCUUGGCUCUGGUGUCGUCGAUUCUUUCGAUCCCAUUGAUCUCGCUCCAGAGCCUUGUCGCCUGGCAAUACAACAACAUUGGAGGAUUUGGAGAACAGAAAACAGUAUUGCAUAAUGUCUGCACCUACGUGUUGAGACUGGAUCUUAUGAUGUGGCUCGCAGCCAGUGUCUCCGGUCUGGUGGUUGCCGUCCAACAAGUGUACUGUCUACCUGAAGGGACACACGCCACAUUCUGGCGAGUAGGUGCCAGCUGUGCAUUCCACCGAGCUACCGUGAUAGUGUCUGUUGUGUCACUAGUCACUGUAUGCACUAUGUAUUGCGCAAGAGAACUAUGCGAUCGACCAUACGACGUUUCCAUUAUUGGAAUCUAUAGACGCCAACUGACAGUGAAGAAUGGCAGCAUUCUCUCUGGCAACAGCUGGGAUAGUGACGAGACCCUCAGAAAUGAGAUUCUGAAUCUUUGUCGCCAACACGAUGGAAAAGCCGGUGGAGAGCCAUGGUCUGUGGAUCCCUUGGCCAACAAAGUCAGAUGUCAUCCUAGUAUUCGACACCCAGCCCCUGUCCGUCUGCGGCCACAGCUCCGAGUCAACACUGACCCUGGCUCAGAAUAUGGUGAUAUCACUACAGCUACAACUAUAUCGCCAGAUGAUACCUUGCGUACCUCUCCAGGGGCACUAUCAUUGUCUAGUGAUUUCUUCCCUAUCUCGCGAACGUCGACUGUCAUGACAUCCCAGACUACUGGCGAAUCACGAAAUCUUCUCUCAGACUUUCCUGUGCCCAAAGUGCCGACUAUCCCAAAGCAAUUCACAAACCACAAAAGGGGAAAGUCGUCUCUAUCUUCCUUGAAGCGCUUCUUCCCCAAGACCUUCGGAAUUUCAGUUCCCUUGUCCUCAGACCCCCAGAUCCGUGCAUUGGCAGAUCCAAACGCCGCAUCAGAUGUCGAGAAACAAGUGGUGACACCGUCAACCAGAAGUGAUCCUCCUGAAGUGGCUCCUUCCAGUGACGCCGCACACUCGACAAACGACAUUAGCAAAUCACCAACCACAAAACCAGAAGGCCACACGCGCACAAUGACAAUGAACUCUGCCGACGCCCCAGAAGUAGUAGUUCAAAAGCCCGAGCCUAAAGUCCGUCGCUCCCAAACAGCAACAGCAGGCUUCGCACCACACCAAAUCUCCAUUCACCACCCCCACCACCCAAACUACACUCCAGGCCCACCAAUGCCAUCCCAAACCAACACCCGGAAAUACUCCCAAUCCUGCAGACAAAACUCCGCCAUGCACCCCCUUCAUGUCGAACCCGUCAGACGCAGCAGCUCUCGCCAGACCAACGGCAUGCCCCAUCCCCAUCCCGUCCGCAGCACCACCUACCAAUUCGAUCAGCCCAUUCCCCGCCACACUCAAAGCCAGUACCAUCCACAGUUCAUUGCACCACCAGCUCGCUGGGCUAGUCUGCACACAUUUGAUCCCAACCGAGUGAUGGCCGUUCCGCGCAGGAAUGACGUCGAAGUUAUUUACCCCAGUACUCGCCGGCCGCGAAGCAAUACACAUGGAGGAGCGAGUGGGCCACUGAGCUGUAUCCUUGAGUCGAGCUCUACGCCGCGUGCUUCGGCUGAUGAUAUGCGGAUGGCUGCUGCGAAAUCUGAGCAGACACGCAAUGUCAUUGAUGGAAUGACCUACCGGGGUGCUAAUCGGACUAGUUUGAGUUUCUAUUAG